UGCCCGCUGGUUCUCCAGGUGGGAGGCAGCAGCAGUCAGUGUGUAGCGGUCACAUCACCAACCGUCACCCGCACAGAGGAGGCAGUGUGUACCGAGCAGAGCAGCGGAGACUAACACACACUGAACGGACACUUUCCUCCGGUCAGAGAGGAGGCCGAACGGAGCCGAACGGAGCCGAACGGAGCCGAAAACAACCGGAACAUUUGGAAAUAUCGAAACAGGGAAGUUGGAGUCGAGCGCGUCAGUGUGAGCGCGUGAGUGCGUGUGAGUGCGUGAGGUCAGCAGCAGCAUGUUCAGCUGGGUGAAGCAGGAGCAAGGUGGCCGCAACAAGGAGGGCGAGAUGUACCAGACGGUGACGGAGGGGCUGCAGACUCUCUACCUGAAGAAGCUGCUGCCGCUGGAGGACACAUACCUCUUCCAUGACUUCCACUCUCCGGCCCUGGAGGCCGCAGACUUCCAGAGCAAGCCCAUGGUGCUGCUGGUCGGCCAGUACUCCACCGGGAAGACCACCUUCAUCAGGUACCUGUUGGAGCAGGAUUUUCCGGGGAUGCGGAUCGGUCCGGAGCCGACCACCGACGGCUUCAUCGCCGUGAUGUACGGCGAGAAUGAGGGCGUCAUCCCCGGCAACGCCCUGGUGGUCGACCCCAAGAAGCCCUUCAGGAAGCUCAACGCGUUCGGAAACUCCUUCCUGAACAGGUUCAUCUGCUCUCAGAUGCCCAAUCAGGUUCUCCAGAGCAUCAGCAUCAUCGACACGCCUGGUAUCCUGUCUGGAGAGAAACAACGCAUCAGCAGAGGUUACGACUUUGCGGAGGUCCUGCGUUGGUUCGGCGAGCGGGUGGAUCGGAUCAUUCUGCUGUUCGACGCUCACAAGCUGGACAUCUCCGACGAGUUCUCCGAAGCCAUCCGAGCCUUCAAAGGACAAGACGACAAGAUCCGGGUCGUCCUCAACAAGGCCGACCAGGUGGACACGCAGCAGCUGAUGAGGGUGUACGGCGCCCUCAUGUGGUCUCUGGGGAAAGUCAUCAACACUCCGGAGGUGGUGAGAGUUUAUCUGGGAUCCUUCUGGGCCAAACCGCUGCAGAACACCGAGAACAGGCGUCUGUUUGAGGCGGAGUCUCAGGACCUCUUCAAGGACAUCCAGAGUCUUCCGAGGAACGCGGCGCUCCGUAAACUCAACGACCUCAUCAAGAGAGCGAGGCUGGCCAAGGUGCACGCGUACAUCAUCAGCUACCUGAAGAAGGAGAUGCCGUCUCUGUUCGGCCGGGAGAAGAAGAAGGAGGAGCUGAUCAUGAGGCUGCCGGAGAUCUACACCAUCCUGCAGAGAGAGCAUCACAUCAGCCCCGGAGACUUCCCCAACGUCGCCAAGAUGCAGGACAUGCUGCAGCACUACGACUUCAGUAAGUUCCCGUCUCUGAAGAUGAAGCUGAUCGAGUCGGUGGAUAAGAUGUUGGCCACGAAGAUCGCCGUUCUGAUGACGAUGAUCCGGGAGGAAGAGUCCAAGGCGCCGCCAGUUUUGGUGUCCGGCGGCGCCUUCGAGGGCUCCCAGGACGGGCCCUUCGGUCACGGCUACGGCGAGGGCAUCAGCGCCGGGGCCGACGCCGAGGACUGGAUCGUCAGCCGCGAGAAGCACCGCUACGACGAGCUCUUCUACAUGCUGAUGCCCGUCAACGGCAAGAUCACCGGCGUCAACGCCAAGAAGGAGAUGAUGAACUCGCGGCUGCCCAACACCGUGCUGGGGAAGAUCUGGAAGCUGGCCGACUGCGACCGGGACGGCAUGCUGGACGACGAGGAGUUCGCCCUCGCCCAGCACCUCAUGAAGAUCAAGCUGGAGGGCUACGAGCUGCCCACCGAGCUGCCCGACCACCUGGUGCCGCCGGCCCACCGCAAAGACCCCACGGCGGACGCCCUGUACAACCACAGCGAGGACUAGAGCGCUCACGGCGGCGUCGAGCUGACCUCCGGAGAGACCGACUGAGCUGAGAGGAAGUCCAAAUGUACAGAACUUUUUUGCCGUUGACUUUCAGACUCAGGAGAACCGAUCAGCGAACUGACAGGAGGGUCAAAGGUCAAAGUUUAGGAUUUACUCGCCGAGGAGCUCGCCACCAUCUUCAACACCUUUUAAAUACGCCGGCCAGUGCACACACAAUCCAAAUAUUACGCUUUUAUAUAUUGUACAAUUCAGCUGAUUUCACCAAAGAAGAAGAAACGCCAACGUAGCCGCAUAAUCUACUAAUCCUGCUUUAAUCUGGACUCUUUUAUUUUGUUUUUAAGAAUUUAACUUCCUGUCUUAAUUGUUCUUCAUGUUCCGUCUCUGAAUGUCUAAAUAUGUGAGCAGCUCGGAUAAACAUUAACUCCUACAAUAUACUGACUUCCUGUAAGGUCGCGUUCAUGGGAACAUUUCUAAUGUGGAGCUCAGACCUUCAGAAUAAAAGUGGGAGAGGGUCAGAUAGUGUUUUUUAAUAGUCGGAGAGGAAUACUACGAUGGCUAACAUCAGAUAUUACACGUUUUCACUAUUUCUCUGGCGCGACAAUUCAAUGCUACAUUAAAUUUCAAUCCUUUUUAUUUACAACAUUUUGACUUCCUGCUUUUAUUCUGAAGGCCAGAUGCAUUUCCAGAAGCUUUAUACUUUAAAGUUUCCUCUGAAGAUGGCGCUCAGUCUACGAAUGUGCUCGUCUUCAUCACUGUAAAAUAUUUGUCUUCACACUCGCUCGCUGUCUGUCGAGCUGAAUCAGAUCAUAAUCUCUAAUAAUCUUUACUUUCAGGAAGUUCGUAUGUGUUCACAUUAAAACUACAUUACCCAUCAUGCUGCUGAAGCUGUUUAUAUUUACUUCAAAAAGAUUCAACAUUUCCAAACGGCAAAAAAACCCCGAAAUUAAAUCAAACUAUUGUUGUGACAUUUGAUCUCUUAGAUACGGAAGCCCUGAAAGGCAAGUUAGAUUUUUUUUUUUCUUCAUUUUUUAAGUCUGAUCUAAAUUAUUUUCUCUCCCGUGUUUAUGACUUGAAAAAAAAUGUUUUGCCAGGAUAAUCUUUCAGAAAAGAAAACAUCUCAUCACCAAAAAUAUUCUUGUAACCAGCAAAUAUUUUCUGAUUUUAACGUUAUAAAUAAACGAGUCAAACGAUUAAUCAGUUAUCAGAGAUACCACUAUAUGAUUUCCUGUUCCACAAUAAAAUCCUUCAGAAUAAAA